AUGUCGCCGUGGGAGGGCCACACGUCUCUGCUGCAGGAACUGGAGCAAGACCUGAAGGAGAAGCGAGGCCUGCUCAACGGGGUAGUGGAGGGUCUGCGGCGGCCCGUCGUCGCCAUGGAGACCGUAGGCGCUCAUAGCCUCAAUGCAACCACGAAGGCAGGGAAGCUUGUCACUUUGCCGGCCAUCGCCAGUGUUGCUACCACGCUAGGCCUGACGUGGGUCUCUGCACAGACUCUUCAACUGGUGCAGGAGCACACGGUCUUCUCAGAAAUAAUCAUAGACCGGGAGGCCGUAAAGGCCGUGGAGCGCUUUUUAGAUGAUGAGAAGAUUCUGGUGGAGCCCGCCUGUGGCGCUGCCCUGGCCGCUGUCUCCAGUGAUGUCAUCAAAAGGCUGCAGGACAAGGGCAAGCUGGAGAGGCAGCUGGUUCUGGUGGUCUUUAAUCGCUACAUGCAAAUUAAUGUUGCUGCCAAUCAUUGACCCAUGCCAGGGAUUAAUAAUAUAAUGAUCAAAUAUAAUGAUUUAAAAAAAAUAAAGUUGUGCUGUUAUGUAAAUAUAUUGGACUAUUGUAUUUUGGACUGAAGUAGCCAUUUUAAAAAUCAAUUAAU